AUGGUUGCCUACUACGAUUCGCGUGUGUACCGGCAAUUUAAUAUGCUCGGUUCUUACAUCGAGUAUUAUGACAAGCUUGUUGAGAACUCCGCGACGGAACCAUUGUGCCGUGCACAACCUUCAAUGCGUUCUUUACCGCCGGAUUGUAUUGGAUACGCUCAAGAGCCAACUAAAGGGUCGGAGGAUACGCUAGAGCUAUUCAAAUGCUGCAGAUGCGAUGACGAAUCAUCAUCUGAAUCCUCAUCGGACGGCGCCAACGACAGUAACGACACGUAUAAGUUAGAAGGCGCCGAUGCAUCGGUAGAGCAAGACUUAUUAGACAAGCUUAGGGAAGCUGAAUACACUAUCCUGUCAAUGCAAGAACAUUGUGACCGUUUGAAUAGGGAUCACUUUGACGUGGAACAAAUAAUGAAGAAGACCUAUUAUGAGGACAACCAGCGCAGCCGACUUGAAUGUUCGAGGCUCCAAAGCGAGCUUGAACAGAAGGAACAACAGCUGUUUGAACUAAUGCGCCAUCAAGAGAUGACUGAUAUUUUCUUGGAUGAUCGUCAACGUGAGAUGAACGAGCUGAUGAAUGAUGUCAUUUUGAAUGUUAAAGACAUGUCUCGCUACCAGGUACGUGGCCUUUCUGCAUAUUUCUAG